AUGGAGGAUUGGUAUGGCGAGGGGGGGAAGGCGGCGAAGCGUGCUGCCGACGAUUCGAUUUGCCUCUUCAUCACGGCGACGCGCUUGGGGGAGACUAUAUGCCAGCACCCCCUCUUCCUCAACAUGCUGCGCGCUGUGAACGCCGCCGAACCCGGCUAUGUCCCCCCCAAGCGUGGUUACGUUGGAGGCGCCGGGCUGCUGGCGUGCAAGCAGCAGAUUGAGAAGGGAUUGACGCCCAUCACGAAGACGUGGAAGGAGACUGGCAUGACGAUCGCAAGCGAUAUGAUGAGGGACAAGAGCGGGCGUGCGCAGAUGAACAUCCUCUGCAUCAACGCCAGUGGAUCGGUUUUCCAGGAGGCGGUCGACUGCAAGGCGGAGACCAAAAGCGGGGCGUUUAUCGUGAGCGUCCUGCAGCCGGUCAUCGAGAAGGUUGGACCGGAGCACGUCGUCAUGAUUUGCACGGACGGCGGCAGCAACUACGUGUCCGCCGCCAAGCUGCUGCAGAAGAAGUACCCGCACAGUGAGUACGUCCCCUGCGCCACUCAUGUGCUCGACUUGCUGUUGGAGGACUUCGGCAGCAUGGCUUGGGCGCAGGAGGUCGUGCCUAUGGCGACCGACAUGAUUUCGUUCAUUCGCAGCCACAAGUGGACGCGUGCCUUCCUGCGCUGUCCCGAGCUGCACGGGGAGAAGUCGCUUCAGCCGCUGCGACCGGCGGGCACGCGCUUUGGGACGCAGUACAUAGCGGUGGAUACCUUCGUGAAGGUAAUGGCGCUGCCGUACAAGGUGAUGAGGAAGACGGAUGGGCCGGCGAAGGGGAUGAUGGGGGCAAUGUACGACAUGAUGCUGCAGCUGACGGAGGACUUGUCGACGCUGUUGGAGAGUGCGGAUUGUCCGCUCAGCGAUGCGGAUAAGGAGGGGUCGCUGGAGCGCUUGAGGCGGCGUUGGGACGAGAGUUUGGCCUGUCCUCUUCACGUGGUAGGCCGGAUUCUGAACCCGGUCAACCAGGAGGAGGGGAUCUAUCUCAAGGACAUUGAGUGCACCAGGGUGAUGAAGGCCUGGCUGUCGCGCUCGAGGGCCUUCGUCGGCAAGUACUGGAAGAAGGAUGGCGAGAGGACUGGAACGAUGAUGGCGCUGGAGGAGGGGAUGCUGGCGUACAUUGAGUGCAGGGGGUGCUUUGGGACGGAGGAGGCGAUAGAGGGGCGUGCGCAGCUGAAGGCAGGGAAGGGGGACAUGGCGACGUGGUGGAAGAUGAAUGGCUGGGAGUAUGCCGAUCUGACAGGCCUUGCAAUCCGUGCGGUGUCACAGGCCGUUUCCGCUUCUCUGUGCAAGCGGGGAUGGGCUACGUGGGAUGGGGUGCACACGGCGCGCAGUAACAGGUUGGGAUCGGAGAAGGUGCGCGACCUGGUGUUCGUGGCGCACAACUGGAAGGCUGUGCUCGGCCACCACGAGGGUGCAGUUGUUGCAGGGCCAAGUGGGGAAGUGAGGAAGGCGGGGGUAGUGGAGGGGAACAUUCCCACCCCUCCCCUCCCCGAGGGGUACAUGUUGGAGGAGGAUGGGGAGAGGGAGGUGGACGAGGACGACAUGAUGGUCGAUGAGUACAAGGACCAGGAUGAGAAGGAGAUAGCGAGGAGGACGGGGAUGAGUGACUGGCUGCCUGCAUGCAGUGCUGUGGUGGUAGUUUAA